CUCCCUCCCCUCUGGUCUUGAUUGGCCGCGUUCAAAGUCCAAUGUUUGGCCGAGGACGGAGGAAGGAGGGGGGGCCUACGAUCACCGCCGCUAAUUCCAGCCGCUCCUAUGAGGCUUCAAUCCCGCUAAAGAGGCUUACCAGCCCGGUUGCAGGAGGGCAUUCAGUGGCGCGAACGCAAAGUAGGACUCUUGUUUCCGGCUAUUCGGCUGGAAUAUUCGAGCAAAACCAACCUGGCUCUUUACCUCUCGUUCCGGUGUCUCGCUUGUUGCGCCCAGCGUUUCGUUUCGCUUUGGUUCAAGGCUGAUGUCCGGUGUGGGCUCGAUGACAACCGCUCGGGUCUUAACCACUCGAUGAGUGUCAGCGGCGGAAUGUGUGUGUGAUUUCACCGUUUUCCCCGUCUUUUCUCAUUACUUUGGACAUUUUGCUACCUCUACGAUGUGUUUUAACACCAUCCCUCAAUUGAGGCUUGGUUGAGCGUUCUCCCCUCCUUCGAAGUAAAUUUUCCAGACACAUCGAGACAUGGCCAAGAACCAGUCUGAGACGGCGGGCGACGACCCGGGCCAGUUGACCGACGACGAGCUCCUUCGCGGAGGUAAGGAGGAACUCCUCCGCUUGCUGCGUCGCGUCGACGGCGAGAAGAUGAACCUGAUGAUCGAGCACGGCAACCUGAUGAAGGACAUCAACCGGCGGCUCCAGGUGCACCUCCACGAGAUCCGCAGCCUGAAGGAGGUCAACCAGAAACUCCAGGACGACAACCAGGAGCUCCGCGAGCUCUGCUGCUUCCUAGACGAUGACCGGCAGAAGGGCAAGAAGCUGUCCCGGGAAUGGCAGCGCUUUGGUCGCUUCACGGCCAGCGCCAUGUGGAAGGAGGUCGGCGCCUACAUGCUGAAACUCAAAGAGCUGGAGGCCAACCAGGAGACAGUUCUGCGGGAGAACACCGAGCUCAAGGAGAUCAUCCUCAUGCUGGAUGAGGAGAGGAACGGUGCGGGAUCCAGGAGCUCCAUAGACAGUCAAUCCAGCCUAAGCAACCUCAACGGGGGCACCGGCAUCAUCCGGGACGUUGGGGACGGGAGCAGCACCUCCAGCGCUGGAAGCGCCGGGAGUCCGGACCACAACCACCACCACCACCACCACAAUCACAACCAUAACCACCAGCACAACCACGUGAACAAGACUGUCCCGGAGGCCUCCAAGUUGGGCCAACCCAUGCGGAGGUCCAUGGACGACAUGUCGGUGCCGCACCAUCACAGGAGCAUCCCCAAUGGACUCAAUGAUUCCUCCUCCAACUACAUCCGGCAGCUAGAGACCAAAGUGCGAAUCCUGGAGGACGACAACAACAAGCUCCUGUCGCAGGCUCAUAGCCGUUAUAGUUUAUCACAGAUACAAAUGAAAAAGUGUCAUCCAGGUGAUUUGCGAGCCCUGCGCAAAGGGACGACCCAGUACCACUCAGAGUCGCAGCUGUCCUCCCUGCCUCAACGCCAGGAUGCCCUGCACAAUGUGGUUUCGGGCCGCCUCCCUACCAGCGAAUCGUCUCCGGCCACGGGAUACUUAUCAUGCGUGCAGAAGCCGGAGGCCGUGGUGCAUGCCAUGAAGGUUCUGGAGGUCCACGAGAACUUGGACAAGCAAGUUCCCGAAGAUUACGAGGAUGACCUCAGUGAGAAAGAGAAGGCCAUCGUCAGGGAGAUGUGCAACGUGGUGUGGAGGAAGCUCGGCGAUGCGGCCGGCUCGAAGCUUUCCGUCCGCCAGCACCUGUCAGGCAACCAAUUCAAGGGGCCGCUGUAGCGCUUCCCCGCCAGCAGGGGGGGGGGCGUGCGCGACGUCCACCACCCUGGAACCAACUGGAAUGCCCAUCACACCGCCAGUACCAGGAUAAGCUAGCGUGCGCUAGUUUUGACCUUUGCCACGAUGUUGCGGCUACAUGACUAUUUUUUGGGGGGGCCCGGAGACGGAAGGUGCCAACGCGACGUGGUUUCAAGCACAGUUGCCGCAAAGGGUGGCCGAAAUCUUCAAUAUUUUUGGAAAUGAGCACUCCCCCUUCUCACUCCUGUCCUGGGUAUCGCGUUCAGAGUACAAUGAGGUUUGAGCGUAUCGGAUUUCUUGCUAGCGUUCACGGAAUACAAAACAUUACGAAAAGUCAUAUGAUACGAUUUAAGUGUAGCCUAACGCUGAAAACUGUAAUUUCUUAUUGUUGUUCACGAAUCAUUCACAAAGCCCCCCCGUCACUAGUGAGGAAAAAGAAAUAUAAAUGGUUGUUCAUGUUAAGUCGUGUGGAUACACUUUGACUUAGCAAAUUUUGUGUAUAUUCUGUAUAAAAACAAACAAACAAACAAAAAUAGAAACAUUUCAUUGUUAUCAUUUUACUUCGGUUUUUGGUUUCGCUAAUACAUAUUAAGGCCAUGCUCAGAUGGAAAGAAAAAUACUGCGUGGAUAAAGUUAGAAAAUUACAAAAAAAGGAAUAGUGCGGUGAAAUUGUAUAUUUUUAGCUUCAAGAAAAUCGGAACAUUGCAAGAAUGAAGUUGGCUCUAUCAACUAUUUCCCCAAAAUAUUACAAUUAUCUCUUUCUAAAAAUACCUUUUUGGGGAAAACAAAACAUCUUGGGGGAGGGGGGAGAGUAGUACAAGUUGUUUUCUUCAGCUUAAUAAAAAAAGAGAAAAAUAGAAAAGCAAAUCAAAGUUGAACAGUAUCUCAGUAAAAGUAGGUAAUUAUAAUUUUAGCAGUAACAGGAACCCCUCCCACGUGUAAUUUAGAAUCCACCAAAGUCACAACCAUUUUUUAAAAAUUCCCCCUUAUAACUAUCCUGACUUUAUUCUCGUAGUAUUACCCCCGCCUUCCUUUUUGAGCGUUGCGCUAAUAACGUAGGUGCGAUUUUUAGUGCUGCCAUGUGAUCAAACUUAAAGGGCGGAGGCGACUUUUGGUUGCAUUGUGAAUAAUCUUUCUUUAUCCGGUGUCGACUAGUUCUCUCGAGGGAUAUCAAGCCGAUUUUAAGUUUGGGUUUUUUUUUCUUGGACUUUUGAAACAAUGAAACGAGCCUGUUUGAAUGCUGUGUGCAUGCUCGACAAUCACACUCUCAGGUCGGCGUCGCGUUGAAGCGGAAAGCGACUCGCUUUACAAUAGGACGGUAGACGCUGUGCAUGUUUUUCCACAACUUUCUACGGUUCGGACAACAUGCGGUCUUGACCUGUUAACCGUACCCCAAAACCUCCUUUAAAAAAUAAAAAUAAAUAAAAAAUAAAAAAGUACUACAAAAAAAAACUUGACCUGAUGUCAGAAGCAAGAGCACGCGACGGUAACUGUGAUGAUGAUUACGUUUUCACUUCCAGAAUCAAACAUGUCCUCUGUAUAUUAGGGCCACACUGAAUAACAAAACCCUUUGCAACCUUUGUGCAAUAGUAGCUUACAUACUGAAGUACAGUAUUUAAAAUCGAAUUCAGCCAAAUUUUUUAAAAUAAGUGAUUGCUUGUCAUAGUUUCACCCAGUAAAUUUCUUUUUGGUCGUGAAGCUUUAACUUAAAUCCUUUAUGUAAGAUGAGCUUCUUUUUCAGAAAAGAUGCGUUUUGAAUUUGACAAUUUUUUUCCCACAAAAGUAGCCCCCCACAAAAAAAGGUGGACUUUUGAGGGGAAAUCUUUUGAGAGUUGUUGCUUUUCUAAAACUAUUUGGAAAAUGGGUUCUUUGCAGUUAUAUUUUCCACAUGCACCGUUUCUCUGUACCGUAUUUUCCACACUAAAAGGUGCACUGGAUUAUGAGGCGCACAUUCAAUGAAUGGCCUAUUUUUUUAAUAUAUUGGACAUAAUGGAUUAUAAGACGCAAUCUACAAUGCAUCCACUAGAUGGAGCUAUGCUCCUUCCGUUCAACUUGAGGCGUUCAUGACCGCCUCUGAAAAACGUAAAUUAACGAUUAUUUCAAUGAAACGACGAGAAUUGAAAAUGCAUCAAAACAAAAAAAUCAAGCGAUGAAAUCACAAUAAAUUCUGUAGCCCCCCGUACAGGACGGAAGAAGAGAAGGCACGGAGAUGGACAAAGACGUACCUAUAUUUGUUGAGACUGAAAAACAUUAAUAAAGUGUGCGUUUAAAAAAAAACACAGCAGCGCUCCUUUUUUCAGAGCUACAACAAAAACCUAUUUAAUAAAGUAGUGACACAGAACACUGAACCAACAGCAAGUUAUAAUAUUGGAAGCAUGUCUCCAGCAAGGAGCCAUCUUGGGGUCGACAUAUAGUAAUGACCAUACAACAAAAGGCGCCUUAAAGUGCGGAAAAUACGGUCAUUUUAUUUAUUUAAAUACUUAACCCACGUUUUUUUUCGCCAACAGUUGCAGGGCUUUUCAUUUUACAUUGUACUUGAGGGGGAAUUUUGAGAAAGGUUUUCUAGAACUCAAACAAAAAUAUUUUACAAGAAUUUGUUUUUCGUUGAGAAGUGGAAAAAAAAUCUUGUUUUUUCAGGCCUCAGUUCAAUUGGAUUUUAAAAAAUUAUUUAGCAAAAAAGCUAUGUUUGUCAAAGUCAGUUUUUCUCUUCAGCGAUAUUUAGAUGACAAAAAUGCUUUAAAAAAGGCCUGUUUAAUCUUGUCCUUGUCUUCAUACCACUGGUACUAAACUGCGACUGCAUUUUGUUCCUCCCUCCUUCAGUGUGGCCUUAAUAUUAAUUUUAAAUCCACUAACUUACAGUAAAAAGUGUCCUUUUUUUCUAUUUGAGGAAACGACUGGAAGCCAUGAUUCUCUUUUGCAGGAAAAUUGUAUAUAGACAUUUGGACUUGUACACGUUUGACAUUCCCGCCCGUCGUGGCUCGCAUGACUGUAACGUCUUCCCAUCCAUCUCAACGUAUCUGAGGAGACCACAGCCGGUGGUCUGGGCGUUUAGAAUAAAGAGAGAAAAUAAAACACGAGUUGACUCAA